AUGUUUUCGUCACUUCAUCGCCGAUGCUUCAGCGUGCUAAAAUCAACACACCCUCGUAUCCGGAAGACUGUCCCCGUAACGUGCGGCUCUGGAGGCUCCGUAGAUAUCGACUUGUACAACAUUGAUGAGUUUUCACCGUCCAAGUUCCUCGUUAUCCAUUUGCCUCCGCUGCCCGAGAGUGCCAAUGGGGUGAAGCAAUUGCCAGAGUUUCUGCACGACUGGCCCGUCGCUAGUAUCAACUACCGAUGGACGACUGAGCGCCUCAAUGCCGCCAGCCAGGAGGACGAGGAAGAGUUCCUCAACACUGCCGACUGGCCUGUGCCGAUGCAUGAUGUGGCAUUUGCCUACCAAUGGAUUGCUGAAGCUUUGAUGCCGCCAGACAAUGGCCGAGGCAGCAUCUACGUCUACGGCUCUCAUCUCGGCGCCGGCCUAGCCAUGUCCCUCUCCCUUACAGAAUCACACCCUCAUAAACCGUUCUGUGUCCGUGGCGUCGCAACCUACAACGGCAUCUACAACUGGACCAUGUUCCUCCCAGGCCACAAGGUCCUCGGCGCAAAAUCCGUCAGAGACGCAAUGAGGGCGAUGCGGCGUGCAAACGGGAAUGCUCGACUCGACUCCCUGCAUGGGAGACUGGUGUCUCUGUUCCAAGAGCCGGCGAAUCUGUUUGACCCCUUUGCGAGCCCGAGUCUCUUUUUUCAUAACCCGGGACUGUCUAUACCCGAGUCGUUUUACGCUUCUGCUGAGUUUGCGGGCGUUGUGAGUGCCAUGAAGGGGGAGAAGAGCUCUGUUGGGAUGGAGACUUCUUCUGGUACGCCUCGUAGAUCGUAUCUUGUGUUUCCACCGCGGCAAUCGACUCUCAAGAUUCCUGAGACAAUGCUCUUACAUGACGCACCGUCUCAGUCACAUUUACAUCAACAUUCACCAGAGAAAAAGACGAAACCAGAAAAAUCAAGUUCCAAAAUUCACGACACAAGACACACGUUCAUGGCUCAGGCGGAUGAGAUGGCGAGUUUAAUGCGGCGCAGCAUCGCUCGGGUCGAGCUUAAGGAGCGGGCUAGAUGGGAUGAAGACGCGCAAUAUUUGGCUGAAGAGCCAGACCGCAGAAUUAAUGUUGUGGAAGUGGGACAGGAAAGAGAAGAGCUUGGCUUGAAUGAUGCUGGGCAGCGGGUUGUUUCGGAUUGGAUGGGCAAGUUGAAUACGAUACGACGAUGGCUGUGA